CAGUUGAGCAGUUUCUUCCAUCCCUGCACCAGGGUAUUUGUGGAUACCUGUGCAGACUCAGAAUUGGCACAGCCGAAGCAGGGGCCCGUGGGGCAGAACCAUAGCAGAACACCUGUGCCUUGCCUUGAACAGAUCCAGUGGAGUAGUACUCAUCACCCUGGGGCCAGGAACUGCCUGGCUGUGGACAGAGCUAGAGGGCAAGCCAAGCGUUGAGUGUCAGUGGAAUCCCAGCGUCUGCGCUGCCAACAGGGUGUCCUCAGCGUGGUGAGCAGUUGCGAGGCACCUGCAGCACACGCAGCAGAGUCCUCAGACUUUGAGGAGGAACCCACAGCAAGAGGAGCCUGUGGAAACCUGGGACGCUUCUGCCUUCGUACUUGGCAUCAGCUCAGAAUUAUUUGAGUCCUGGUCAAACUCUGUGAGCUGAUUACUGCCCCUAGUAUUAGAUUAGUCCAUAGAAAGUGGGAGCAAUGGCCGUGACACUGUUAGAGGAUUGGUGCAAGGGGAUGGACCUGGACCCCAGGAAGGCCCUGCUGAUCGUGGGGAUCCCUGUGGAGUGUACUGAGGCUGAAAUUAAAGAGACCGUGAAGGCAGGCUUACAGCCCCUGUGCGCUUACAGGGUGCUGGGCAGAAUGUUCAGAAGAGAAGACAAUGCUAAGGCAGUCUUGAUCGAAUUGGCUGACACCGUUAAUUAUGCUAUGAUACCUAGUCAGAUACUAGGAAAGGGAGGUGCCUGGGAAGUGGUGGUAAAAUCCCGUAACCCAGAUGACGAAUUUAUCAGUAGACUGAACUACUUCCUGAAAGAUGAGGGCCGGAGAAUGGUAGAUGUGGCCAGAACCCUGGGGUAUAGCACUCCCACUGAGAACAUGGAGCCAGAGGGCUUGGCCCAAGUCAAACCACCACACUUGCAGCCUCUGAAACAAAGCAUGUGGUACCGAAAACUGAAAGUGUUUUCGGGAAGCACUUUCCCAGGCCCAGGUGAAGAGAACUUUGAAGACUGGCUGGAACAGGUCACUGAGAUGAUGCAGAUAUUGCAAGUGUCUGAGGUGGAGAAGACGCGUUUGCUGGAGAGCUUACGUGGCUCUGCCCUGUCAAUCAUGCGAGUGCUCCAGGCCAACAAUGACUCUAUGACUGUGGAGCAGUGCCUGGACGCCCUGAAGGAGAUCUUUGGGACUAAAGAGGACUGGAGAACCUCACAGUUUAAGUUCCUCCAGACCUUUCAGAAGUCUGGCGAGAAAAUUUCUGUGUUCUUGCUACGGUUGGAGCCCCUGCUGCAGAGAGCUGUGCAGCACAGCUCCAUGUCGAUGCACAGCACAGACAUGAUCCGCCUGAAACACAUCCUAGCUCGGGCCUCCAUGGCCACCACCCUCCGGGGCAAGCUCGAGCUCCUGGAUCAGCGAGGAUGUCCUCCCACUUUUCUGGAGUUAGUGAAGCUCAUCCGAGAUGAAGAGGAGUGGGAGACUACCAUGGCAGUGACGAAGGAGAAGGAGAGGCAAGUAGGAAGGGGCCACAGGGCCUCUGGCAGACAAGUAGUAGUAGAAGCCACUGUCCCCAUGCCUCAGGCCAUUGUGCAGGCAGGGCCGUUUAGUGAGAGCAGCGCCCAGACCUUUCCGGAAGGGGCGGUCCCAUCAUUGAAGCGCAGGCGACUGCCGUGCUGCUACGGUAGUGGACAGGAAGGCCACAGCCAGGCAGCGUGUCCUAGGGCCCAGAACCAGCCUCUAGCAAAGCAGAGUCCUCAGCUUGCAGCAGAAGAGUCGGGAAACGAGACAGGGGCUGGGGCCAUGAGCCACACAGAGCCCUAGGAAACAUAGGCUCAAGAGAUGCAGGCGCCCCUUCCCCUGGCAAGCAGCAGAAAGAUUUUAAGAAGGGGAAGAGGCAGCACACACAAACAGCAGGGAACUUGAGUAGGGCAGAGGGACAGGGCAGCCAGGCCCAGGCCGAGCUCCCUUGCCCUUCACCAGCUGGAGGAAACUCCAUCCACCAAGCCGAACUCGGCUCAGGCAGGUGCCGGCAAUGUAAGCAAAAAUCCACUGCAUCUAGCACAUGGGGCACUCCAGCCACUGGUGGAGACCCCAAUGUGGCAGAGGCUGACGAAGGUGCAGUUGGGGGUUCUGGCAUCGACCUUGAUAUCUGGCCACCCCCAAACGCCCACCCUGUGGGCUCUGAGUUAAGAAUGCCAACCGGCUCCCAAGCCACAUGGGCCCCGGAGGAGCCUUCCCCGGGGCCGCCCCUGACAGAAGGGGCCAGUGCCAGUGAGGAAGAGCUGCGCAGCAGGGACGUAAUGCCCCAGAGGGGAGGCCGCAGGGUCCAGCCGGUCUUCAGGAUCAUCUACACUGCUCUAGGGGACCCCCAGGAAGGCAGCACCCUUGAGCCCCUGCACAAGUGAGGACAGGAGACCCAAAGGCCCUGGGAGCCUGGUGCCAGCCUGCAGGCAGUCUUCUCCUCCUACAGCCUGGAAGGGCUAUGGGGGCAAGGAGAGCAAAGACUGUGAGAAGAUUCCCAGGAGAGAGCUUCGGCUCAGCCUGGCAGGCAGGGGUGCUGGGUAUCUGGUGGGCCUGUACCCCAAAGCUGGCUUUGGUGUGAGUGGGUGUGCAGAUAAACUUUUGGUCCAAAGCAGGAGGAGGAGGAGGUAGAUGAGGAGGAGGAGGGAAAGGUAGAGGAGAAGGGAA